UGUCUCUGUACUCAAGAGCCAGCCUGCUGCCGUUCGUGAUAGAUCAUGGGUAAAGAAGGAACGACAAAUCAUGGCCCCGCGCGGGUGACUACCAUUGCAUUUGCAGACAGCCCUGAUGAUCGGCACAAUCGGUCAAGCGCCCACGACACUUUGAGGCAAGACGAAUCCCACCAUCGAAGGCGUUCAGCAAGUCGAGACUCGAUCUCCAGCGUUCGCAGUCGGAUCCACCAGGCCAAUUAUGGUAUCCCUAUCACCUAUCGCACACUAUCGUUCCAAGCUUCCGAGUCGAGAGCUCUCAGUGAAAAUGGCGGUGACAAUACAGCCAAAGACAAGCUGCGAACACCGGGAGACGAUUUGGCAUGUGCCGACGAGCACCGUGUCGAUGUUGAAACUCUGUCUCAGCGCUUGAGAGUGUCGCCAACCGUGGGCCUGAGUUCUGACGCAGCAGCCAAGCGCUUGCAGCAGCAUGGUUACAAUGUCCUUCCCCAACGCCGUCAAAACUACGCCAAAACCCUGGCAGGGUAUGUGUUCGGCGGAUUCUGCUCGAUACUGUGGGUGGGUGUCAUCAUCUUCUUCAUUUGCUGGAGGCCUCUUGGUGAUCCAGAUCCUCAACCCUACAACUUAGGCCUUGCAAUCUUGGUCAUUAUCGUCAUCGUCCUCCAGGCAUCCUUUUCGGCUUUCCAAGACUGGUCAACCGCCAAAACCAUGAACUCGAUCCUCGGCAUGUUGCCAUCGGAUGCUCUUGUCCUCCGGGAUGGCUGUAUCAGCAGCGUUCCCACAAAGGAAGUUGUCGUUGGUGACAUUGUUCGUUUGGAAAUUGGGAACAAGGUCCCUGCAGACAUUCGCCUUAUCGAGACAAGCGGAGACACUCGGUUUGAUCGAUCUGCCAUGACCGGCGAAUCUGAGGAGGUUGAGGCAUCGCUUGAAUGUACGGGCGACAACAUCCUUGAAAGCCAGAAUAUGGCUCUGAUGGGCACAGUCGUCACCAACGGGACCGCCACUGGAAUUGUCGUCUUCACCGGUGCGAAAACCGUAAUGGGCGCCAUUGCCAAAGCAACUGCUGGCGUCAAAGCAAAGCCGACCGCCAUUCAACAGGAAAUCACGCGCUUCGUCACCAUCAUCUGCGGGCUGACGAUCUGCUUGGCAUGUCUGAUUCUCUUCGCCUGGGUGGGCUGGCUUAGGAUACAGCAUCACUCUUUCAUGAAUGUGGUUGCAAUGCUGGAUGACAUCAUGGGCUGCGUCGUCGCCUUCAUUCCUGAAGGGAUGCCCGUCGGCGUGGCAUUGACUUUGAUGUUGAUAGCAAGGCGGAUGAAGGCGGUCAACGUGUUGCCCAAGAGCCUCGCCACGGUGGAGACGCUGGGCUGUGUUUCAGUCAUCUGCUCUGAUAAGACCGGGACCUUGACCAAGAACCAAAUGACAGUGACCAGCAUUGGGUUCGUGGACCAGUUCUUGUCUUCAGAAGAGGCCAAGGAGUCCUUCACGCAAAAGACGCAGCCUCAGCCUUUGGCACGCCUUGUGACCGCUGCCAGAUUGUGCAAUGGAGCCAACUUUGACCCGAUGAGCCUUGAGAAACCAGUGGAGGCCCGUCUCACACAGGGUAAUCCAACCGACGGAGCACUCCUUCGGUUUGCGGCGGCCCUCACUUCGGGUGACCAGCAUUGUGAUCGCUUUCCGCAAGUCGCGGCAAUCCCAUUCAACUCCAAGACCAAAUUUAUGCUGACACUGCAUCAAACACCCUUGGAUGAGUUCAAACGGGUGGAAAAGUCCUCGUCGUCAACGUACAAAGCAUUCGUCAAAGGAGCCCCUGAUGUAUUGUUGCCGAGGUGCUCUCAGUACUGGACUUACCGAUCGAAUACUAUCGCUCGCUUGGACGAAGAAGCAAGAACAGUCUUCCGCGAGCUACAGAACACAAUGUCUCGGAAUGCGGAACGAGUCAUCCUUCUAUGUGAGCGUGAAUACACAUCCACCAAUUCUUUUCAUUCCGAUGGCUUGUCCCAGGAGAACCUCAAUCAUUGUGCAACGGAUCUUGUAGCCAUUGGCUUGGUGGGCAUUUUCGAUCCGCCUCGACCGGAGACUAGUUCUACCGUUGCUGCGUGCCGCCGUGCUGGGAUACGGUUCUUCAUGAUGACUGGUGACUUUGGGCUCACCGGCGCAGCGAUUGCUCGUGAGGUUGGCAUCUUUACUGGCGACCGAGAGCCUGACACGUUUUCAACGAUCGAAGAGCGACGGGAAGAGGGGCCUGAAGCACUGUAUAGCAGCCAAUCUUUGCUCCUGGAAGGCUCCCAGAUCAGCCAGCUCGAGAAGGACGACUGGAACGUCGUAUGUGGCUACCAGGAGGUCGUGUUCGGCAGGUGUACUCCGGAAACUAAACUUCGGAUCGUCAACGAGCUAAGGAGUCGUGGCAAUACCACGGCGGUGACUGGAGAUGGCGUCAAUGAUGCACCUGCUCUGAAAGCUGCCGAUGUUGGGAUUGCAAUGGUGAACGGCAGUGAUGUUGCCCUUGAGGCUGCUCAUCUCGUGCUGCUCGAUAAGUUCGACUCCAUCGUUGACGGAAUACGACUCGGCCGUCUUGUGUUCCAGAACCUACAAAAGGUCAUCAGCUAUCUUCUCCCCGCGGGAAGCUGGUCGGAGAUCUGGCCGGUGCUGGUGAAUGUCUUCUUUGGGGUUCCACUGCCACUCUCUUCCUUCCUUAUGAUCAUCAUCUGUGUGUUCACGGAUCUGUUCCUGGCUCUGAGUCUCAUCAUGGAGAAAGAAGAGUUCGACCUCCUCAGCCUUCCGCCGCGGAACCGAAAGAAGGAUCACUUGAUCAACCUUCGGAUCUAUACUCAGUCUUACCUUUUCAUCGGUGUGAUGGAAACCGUCUGCGCCCACGCCAUGUACUUUUUGUACUAUUCCAGAUACGCGCACAUACCGAUGACAGACCUGUUCUUCGCGUUCGAGAAGUAUACUGAGGGUUUCCAUGGAUAUACCGAGGCGGAACUCACAGCCUUCAACACCACGGGGCAAUCCGUCUACUUCAUUACGCUGGUACUUCUUCAGUGGGGCAAUAUCCUCUCCAUCCGAAACAAGCGACUGUCAAUCCUCCAAGCUGAUCCUAUCCGAAAGCAGCGCCGUAACCCUUGGCUGCUUUUGUCAGCUGUCCUCUCCCUAGCGGUUGCCAUCUUCGUGACAGAAGAACCCGGUAUCCAAAGCUUAUUCGGUACUGGGAGCGCGCCCAUUGAGUUCUGGUUCUUGCCCUUGCCGUUGGCGCUUGGGAUCUUGGUCAUGGAUGAGCUGCGGAAGUUAUGCGUCCGUACCUGGCCACGCGGUCUACUUGCCAGGAUCGCAUGGUGACAUAGGAACUUGAAGAGCACGAUCCUGAGCACUAUCCCGAGGAGCUGAGUUCUUGUCAGCUGUCUCUACUGGCGAUAUAAAGUCAGGUCUGAGAGAUUGCUGAGACUGCGGGAACAGAUAGACGAAAGAGACGAAAGACCUUAAAAGCCCGUACUCCACAAGACCUCCCUAUGCCACAAAGAUCUUGUCUCAGUGCCUAGGGAUGCUCAGUGCCGUUGGAUGAAAAGCGAGGAAGGGGUUCAGGAGACACGGUAGCCUUGUAAUCGU